GGGCCGGGCCGGCGGCCUCGGGCUCCCGGGGGAGCCCCGGCGCAGCCCCCCGACGGUCGGAGGUGCGGUUUCCAGCUGCCGCCCUGACCCUGCGGGCGACUCCACUCGUGCGCGGGAGGGGGAGGCUCGGCCACCCCUCCGCUGAGCCGCGAGUGGGCGAAUCCGGAGCCUCGGAGGAACUGCCGCAGCUUCCGGUUCCGUUGACAGCGACGCCGGAAACCAGGGCCCGGGCUGCGGGACCAGACGUCGGCCAGGACCGGGAGUUGGACCCCCACAUUCUCAGAGGCCCUUCGGGGAGCCGCCCCUACCUGGGGAGUAGCUCGAACUCACACGUCCCAGCCUAUUGCGACCCUGCCGAGCCGGAGGUGGGGCCUGACACAGUGGCUGCCAUGGAGCAGUGUGCGAGUGUGGAGAGAGAGGUGGACAAGGUCCUGCAGAAGUUCCUGACCUAUGGGCAGCACUGUGAGCAGAGCCUGGAGGAGCUGCUGCACUACGUGGGCCAGCUGCGGGCUGAGCUGGCCAGCGCAGCCCUCCAGGGGACCCCUCUCUCAGCCACCCUCUCCCUGGUGAUGUCUCAGUGCUGCCGGAAGAUAAAAGACACCGUGCAGAAACUGGCUUCAGACCACAAGGACAUUCACAGCAGUGUCUCCCGAGUGGGCAAAGCCAUUGACAGGAACUUUGACUCUGAGAUUUGCGGUGUAGUCUCCGACGCAGUGUGGGACUCUCGGGAGAAGCAGCAGCAGAUCCUGCAGAUGGCCAUCCUGGAGCACCUGUACCAGCAGGGCAUGCUCAGUGUUGCUGAGGAGCUGUGCCAGGAAUCAACACUGAAUGUGGAUUUGGAUUUCAAGCAGCCUUUCCUGGAGUUGAAUCGAAUCCUGGAAGCUCUGCAUGAACAAGACCUGGGGCCAGCAUUGGAAUGGGCCGUCUCCCACAGGCAGCGCCUGCUCGAGCUCAACAGCUCCCUGGAGUUCAAGCUGCACCGACUGCACUUCAUCCGCCUCCUGGCAGGUGGCCCUGAGAAGCAGCUGGAGGCCCUCAGCUACGCCCGGCACUUCCAGCCCUUUGCUCGGCUUCACCAGCGGGAGAUCCAGGUGAUGAUGGGCAGUCUGGUAUACCUGCGGCUGGGCUUGGAGAAGUCACCCUACUGCCACCUCCUGGACAACAGCCAUUGGGCCGAGAUCUGUGAGACCUUUACACGCGAUGCUUGUUCCCUGUUGGGCCUUUCUGUGGAGUCACCCCUCAGCGUCAGCUUUGCCUCUGGCUGUGUGGCGCUGCCAGUGCUGAUGAACAUUAAAGCUGUGAUCGAGCAGAGGCAGUGCACUGGGGUCUGGAGUCACAAGGAUGAGUUACCGAUUGAGAUCGAACUAGGUAUGAAGUGCUGGUACCACUCAGUGUUCGCGUGCCCCAUCCUCCGCCAGCAGACGUCAGAUUCCAACCCUCCCAUCAAGCUCAUUUGUGGCCAUGUCAUCUCCCGAGAUGCACUCAACAAGCUCAUUAACGGAGGAAAGCUGAAGUGUCCCUACUGUCCCAUGGAGCAGAACCCAGCAGAUGGGAAACGCAUCAUAUUCUGAUUCCUGCCUGGGAGGAACUUUGCUGAAAGAGGUUUUUCACCCAUGAGCCUUGGUCUGUCUCCGUGGGGGUGGUUGGCUUCUGUGGACUGUGGUUCAUUUCACAGCAACUGGCUGAGGAGUGCCACCACAGGCAGGGGCUGGAGUGGCCCUCUGGCAGAGGCCAAGGAGGGAGAUGAAGCAGCCUACAUCCGGCAGCUGGCUCCUUGGCUCUAAGGGCAGGGAGACUCUGGCCUCUGUACUCCUGCUCUGUCUCCCCUUCAUUAUAUUUGCUAUUGACUUAGUAGCAACUGACAGAGAAGCAAAGGACUUGGCGGGCACAGCAGAUGUCUUCCAUCCUGCCCUCAGCCAGGUCUCUUACUGCCACACCAAGGCUUGUGUCCACUCCUCCCACUGUACAGCCUCACAACUGUAUGCAUCAAUUUCCCACUGUAAAUAGUCUGGGAUAGAACUGAAUGCCGUUGUUUUAUAACUUUGAGCAAAUAUAUUCACAGACCUUCUCCUUA